GGAAAAGAAAAAACUAGUCAUACCCACUGGCCAGGUGCGUCUUUUAAAGAUCAAACUUUGGAAGCAAGCAGGCGAGAGCGCUGUGCUGUAGCGCAGCGACCAUGGCAAUCGAUCCAUUUGAAGCAUUCUCGCCUCCCUCUCACUCAUCUUCCCAUUUCAGUCAACAGCGCCACUUCUAUGUUGCCGUUGACAGGCUCCAGUUUAAGAUGGAAACCUUAGUGGGCCUGUUGGACGUGGCCGGUCGCCGUCCGUCGUUGCCGAUGGUUGUGUGUUGUAGUUCUCGUGACGAACUCGAUUCUGUCUGCUCCGCCGUCUCCAACCUCCAUUACAUCUCAUUGGCCUCUUUGUACAGUGACCUUGCCGAAGCAGACCGUUCACUGAUUUUAGAGAAAUUUCGGCAAACAACAUCGAGGUGGAGCCAAAAGUUCAGUUCUCUAUCAGAAGAAAAAUGUGAGGCUGAGAAAGUUGGAGAAAAAUCUCACAUGAUUGUAGUAACAGACGCCUGCCUUCCACUUCUUGCUUCUGGGGAGUCACCUCUUUCUGCCCACGUUUUGAUAAAUUAUGAGAUACCAACAAAGAAGGAAACAUAUAUGAGGCGCAUGACUACCUGCUCGGCUUCAGAUGGGAUCUUGAUCAACAUGGUUGUUGGGGGAGAAGUGGUAACUCUCAAAAGCAUUGAAGAAAGUAGUGGCCUUGUUAUUGCUGAGAUGCCCAUUAAUGUACCCAAGUGUUGCUCCGGAGCUAUAAAUCCAAGGAUAGUGUUAAAGGCAGCUUGUUCAGGCGUUUGUGGGGAGAAAGUGUACCAAAUGAAUGAUGGCUUGCUUGGAUACGUACAAGAACAAGUCAGAUCAGAAGGGACAGUUCCCUCCGAUGAGCCCAAGACUGUCCUUUUCCAACGACUUCGUCGAAUCAUCCAAUAAUCCCUCCCCCACCAGCACCACCAAUAAUAUUCAGGAUCCGAAAAUCCUUCCAAACAUUCCCCCCUCCGACGACUUCGAAUUCUCGCCAAAUCCCACUAAUCACACCGCCAUGACCGCCGCCGACCAGCUCUUCUUCAAGGGAAAAUUGUUGCCCACUCUCAGAGACGAGCUUCUCAUUGACGACGACGACGAAGACUUUGCUCCAGUGCCCCCGAAAGGUGGGCUACCAAAAUGGAAGGAGUUUCUGAGCCUGAAGAGAUCCGUUGUUGAUGGGCGCUGCACGGCCACCGACAACAACAAAAACAACGAUGCCAACCAAAGCAAAAUCCCCAAAUUGGCCCUCUACGAUAACUCCUCAUCCCAUCUUCCCAUAACUUCCUAGUUCCUAUAUCAGAUCCACUGCUAUCUUAAUUUACUCUUUUACCUUUUUUUUCCCUCUCUAGGAGAAAUUGUGAUAUUGUCGAAUUUUUUCUUAAUCAGUUGGAUGUUGUUGUUCAUGUACAAAUUUAUGUAAUGUUUUUGUUUGGCAAUUAACAUUUCUUUCAAUAGAAUUAUUACCUUUACUUUUUGUAA